AUGCGCGCUUCCCGUCUCUUGUCCGCCGGGACCCGCGCGUUACGCUCGUCUCUCGGCGGCGCUCGUGGCCUCCACCUCAACGCGUCCAGCGCGUCCAUCACUGACGCGAUUGCCCACGAAAAAGUAUUAGUGUUCUCCAAGACCCACUGCCCGUUCUGUACGCGCGUUAAAGCGACGCUGGAUGUGCUCGAAACAAAGUACGCAGUCGUGGAGCUCGACACGCGCGACGACGGAGAUGAGAUCCAGGCGCUGCUCUUCGGUCUCACGGGCCAGCGCACGGUGCCCAACGUCUUUAUCAACGGCAAGCACGUUGGCGGCUGCGACGAUGUCUUGGACCUGCACGCUCGAAAUGAGCUCGUGCCACUGCUGGGGCAAGAGCAGGUGUGA